AACUACCAUAGUUGCUGCUUCUCUCCCUUCCCUAAACUUCUAUUCAGCGGCACUGAUCCGAGUUGAACGUUGCUGCGCCUCGCUGCGCUCGUACGUUCGACUAGCUCGUCUUCCUUUCUCGCUGCUUUCCCGUUGUCUUUUUCGAGGCUACUUUGUGUCGUCGGCCAUCUACGUUUCCAAGCGGGGGCGAUGGGCGGGGAGGAAGGCGAGGGGUUAAAAAGUCCCUCUCCGAACCCCAUUGCAGGGGAGGAAGCGGUUAAGGAGGGCCAGAGGGAGACUAUGGAUGGUUCUAAGGAGGUUAAGGAAGGUGCUAAGGAGGGUAAAUCUGCGCCUAUGAAAUUCUCUCUAGGCAAGAUGAAAGGCGCGUCGAAGGUUCAGCGAAAGCCGCAGGAUAAGAAGGACGAGGAUAGCGAGCAACGGGAGUUGAUCACAGCCGUCGAUUUCACGGGCUUGGUCGCGAAGGACGAUUCUAAAUCGAAGCGCGGGCCGAAGAUUAUUUCUCCGUUAGAAGACACGUGGAAGCCGGAAAAGCGGAUGAAGAGCGUCAAUCCGGAAAUGGAGGAGAUUAUGGGAGGUCCGGAAAAUAAGUUCGAUAUGGGUACUUCGGGAUCGUUGCCUGGAGGAGGGGAAGGAAAGGAGGGUGUAGAUGGAACGGACGAAUCGUCUGGAGGCGUUCGGUACGGCUUGACCGUCAGAUCUGCUCCGGAAAGGGUUGAAGAUCGAGAUCAACGGCCGAUAAUGGAUCCUGAGACGCAGAAGCUGCAGGAGGAUCUGGACCGUCUCCCAGACGAGGCGAAUUUGGACGCGUACGAGUCGAUGCCUGUUGAGGAUUUCGGGGUUGCGCUUCUAACGGGGAUGGGUUGGCAGAAAGGCAAGCCGAUUGGUCGGAAUGCCAAGGGAUUAGCUGAGCCUGUGGAAUUCGUUCCAAGACAGGGACGCCUGGGCCUAGGAGCUACUCCGAAGCUGUUGGAAAACAACAAGAAGCUGAUCAAACCUGGGGAGACCCGAGGGCCCAAGCCGGACCUGGUAGCUCCGACCGGACCAGACGGGAAGGUUCGGCAUGUGAAACCGAUUUCGGAGAAGUUAGUGGAGAGGGUUAGGCCCGGACCUGUGAAGGGGAAGGUGAUGAGGAUUGUAGAGGGACGGCAUGAGGGGUUGUCUGGGACGGUGUUGGAAGUUGUGGAAAUGGGCGAAGGAAAGGGGGUUCAGGUGAGGAUGGUGCUUGUGGGUAGUGAGGAGGUGAUUGUAGUGAAGGGGAAGGAGGUGGCGGAUCUGGGGUCUUGGGAGGAAGAACAGGCGAUGAUGAGGAUAAGGGGGGAGGAGGGAAGGGAUGGGGAGGAGAGGAUGGUGAGAGAGAAUGGUAGUGCAAGGAGGAGGAAAGUAGUGGAAAGGGCGGAGGGGGAGGAUGGGGAGAGGAACAGGGAGGGAAGGAAAAGGGAUGAGAGGGAUGAGAAAAAGGACGAGAAAGUUUAUGCAUCGGUGGACAGGGACAGAGACAGUGAGAGGGAGAGGGGAAAGGGAAGAGAAAGAGACAGAGAACGGAAGAGAGAUGAGGACAGGGAGAGGGACAGGGAGAAUGAAAGAGACAGGGCCAGGGUCAAGGAUAGGGGCACGGGCAGGGACAGGGACAGGGAUGAGAACAGGGACAGCAACAGAAUCAGGGACAGGGACAGAGACAGGGACAGGGACAGUGACAGGGACAGGGACAGGGGAAGGGACAGGAGGAGUAAUCGAGAAAGGGACAGCAGGGAAGAAGGAAAGGUUAAAGGCAAGCGUGAGCAGGCUCCUUCGAAGCAAGGAGCUGCACGGGAACCAUCUCGCUCACCCCCUCCCCUUCCUCCUUCGAGUCGCCGACCAUGGCUGAUGCCGCAUAUUCGGGUGCGUAUCGUGGAUAAGCGCAUUCAUGGGGGAAGGUUGUACUUGAAGAAGGGCACAAUUGUCGAUGUUGUUACGCCUACCACAUGUGACGUGCUACUGGAUCCCGGAUCAUCAGAAGCUGGUGACAGGAGUGGGAAUGGGGUCAGCAGCAGAGGAAAUUUGGUCCAGGGGUUGAAGGAGCAGGAAGUGGAAACGGCUCUGCCGAAAAAGGGUGGCCGGGUUAUGAUCCUUUCUGGGCCGAAUCGGGGGCAGGUUGGGAAACUUUUGGAGAGGAGAGGUGAGGAGGGUGUGGCUGUGGUUCAGUUGGCAGAGUCAUUUGCUUUGGAACGGCUGGCAAUGGAUGAUGUGGCAGAGUACGUUGGGGAGCUGGGAAGUUAUGAGGGCUAAGCUAAGAGGACGUUCGAUAUCCAGAAUGAGGUCGCAACCCAACUACUAAUUUUCAUGGCACGUUGAUGGUUUGUUGUGCACAUACUGUAUCAUUUUAUGGCCCCACAUUGCAUGCUCCAUCAUUUUCCCUUCGUUAGGAUGUGGAAGGGGUCUGUAUGAUUUUC